CGCUCCUAGAAGCAUGGCGUUCAGCGUACUUUAUGGCGGUGAAAAUUACGACAUAAACAAGUUUUUACGCGACCACCCCGGUGGUGUGAACACGUUGGAAAAGUUUAAAGGAAAGCCUAUAGAAAGUGUUAUGAAGGCAUACGGUCACAGCACGAGUGCGUAUCAUAUGUUAAAUGAUUUUAAAAUAGAUAAAAACAUAACUGGAAGUGUCAGUGAAAACGGUAGGAUUAUUACACAAGACGAAAGCGCGCGAUGUUCGGAGGAAAUUAAGUUCCUGGAGGAGUUGGAGAGCAGACUUGAUUGGUCGAAGCCACUCCUAUGCCAGCUCCAUAAGAUUUCUUCACACUAUGAAGAGUGGGUUAACAGUGCCGUGUAUAAGCAGUGCAGGCUGUUCUCUUCCCCUCUCCUGGAGAGCCUGACGUACACACCCUGGUAUCUAGUACCAGUCUUCUGGGUACCAAUAAUUCUGUACCUUAUAUUUACACAGUAUACUGAAAACGUUGUUUGGAAAGAUGCCACUCAAGACAAACUCACAUCCGGCCAGUUCGCGUGGCACCUGGCAUUUGGUUUUAUUAUGUGGAGUCUUUUAGAAUACUCUCUACACCGAUGGGUCUUCCACUACGACCCUGGUUCGUCUACUACGCUGAUACAACUGCACUUUCUCAUACAUGGAAUGCAUCAUAAGGUUCCAUUCGAUGGUUUAAGACAAGUAUUCCCACCGAUUCCCGCACUAGUCAUCACCUGCAUCCUUUCAGUACCAGUCUGGUGUCUGUUCUCACAUCCAGUCAUAAAAAUCACUGGCGGACUUAUAGGAUAUUUGACAUACGACAUGAUUCAUUACUACGUGCACCACGGCUCACCUCGUGACGGAUCUUAUCUUUACGCAAUGAAGAGAUAUCAUUCCAAUCAUCACUUUAUUAAUCACGAUAAAGCUUUCGGCAUUAGCAGCAAAGUAUGGGAUCUUGCGUUUGACACAUGUGUCCAAGUCAAGAAGUUAAGUUUUAGUUUGCGAUGGUAAACUGUUAACACGAAAAAAGAAAAAAAAACAAAUUGACAACCCUCUAGUGUUUUUGAGUCGUUUAAAAUAAUAUAAAGCUUUUGGCGCAACGGAACUAAAAUUCUAUAUGCCCUAAAUCAGCGAAAUAUGAACAAUAUUGUAACAUUUCUAAUUCUAUGCAAAUAUUUUCUACAGAUACUAGAUUUAAAAAAAAAAAAACAUUUAUCAUAAAUUCCAAUUCUGUUCUUAAAUGCUCUGCUCUAGGCAUUGUGACUGUUCUACCUUACUAUAGAUGUCUUCAGCGUUUAUUGUAUACUAUAAUAUCUAAUAGGGUAAAUAAUUUACUAAAACAUAAACUUGACAAUCAAUUAAUUUAGCGUACAUAGUAAUAAUAAAAAUAUUUAUAAUAAAAAGAAAAUUAAAACAAAUUUUAAAAGAUUGGUCCCCGUGGCGUGUAGCUUUAACGCUGGCAGCAUCACUGCAUUGCGAUACUGAAAGCAUCAGCUCUGUUCUGGUCAUCGAUACUAUCUAUCAGGCGCCAACUUAAAUCUUUAAUUAGCGGAAAGGGAAAAUCAAAGUUAGAGGAAAGACCUAUAAUUAUAAAAAAAAUAUAAUAAUGUUUUACUAAUAAGUAGGUUUUGUAAUAAUAUCCGAGUUGUCGAAGUCUAUUUUUACAUAAAGAAAAUCCUGGCGUCACAUAAAGAAUGUAUUUUUUUAUAAAUAUAUGUACAUAGGUAUUUUCUUAUUCAUAAAAUCUAUAAUACUGUUUAUAGUUCGGACCCUUUCUGUCAAAAAAAGAUCGUGACGUUCGAAAAAUGUGUUUUUUUUUUUAAUUAAGGCGAAAUAUAUUUUCUGUUUGUUUAAAAAUAUUUAUAAAUUUGUUAAUUUAGAAAUAAAAUAAUUUAAAAAUAGGAAAACCUCAUCGAUAAUUCCAGUCGCGGGGGUUUUGAUAGACGACAAUUUCUUACAGUACAAAGUAAUGUAUAGUCAGUACCAAAAUAAACUGUGAUGUAAGUGUUACUCACACGAACUAAUAAAGUAUAUUAAAAAAGUAUAUGUUUAAAAACGUAAUAGAUAUUGGUAUACGGGCCAAGUCUAGGCUCAGAACCCUGUAGCCGUAAAGUACCAAAGACAUCAUUUUGCCAGUGUAUAUAAGAAAAUAGUUAUUAUAUUUACUGUUUUAUAUGGACAGAGCAGUGUUGGCCUAGUGGCUUUAGCUUGCGUCGAAGGAAAGCGGCGAUGUCAAACAUUCGACGGCGUGUGUCAGGCUCAGAAGGCUGAUGACCUACCUAUUAGAUGGCAAAUGAUCAUCAUAUGAAGAGAUACAGAAAUCUGAGGUCUAGAACUAAAAAAGGUUGUACCGCCAGUGAUUUAUCAAUUCAUUUAUAUGGAGACACUUUAUACUUACCUAAUUUAUGCCAAUUCGCUAUCCAGAUGUUAACGAAAUUCUGCUAGAAGGUAUCUUGAUGAAAUGUAUAAUAAUCGUUCAAUGGUUUUUUUCUUUAAUUUUAUUUAUUUUUAAGUUUAUUUGAUACAGGGUUAUAAAAUUUAAACGAACCAUGAAUAGCAAGAGACUUCUAUAAAAAAAAGUUUGUAAUUGAAA